AUCCAAGUUAAUGAAUCACAUAUCUGCAUGCGGAAGUAAUGCAUCUUGAAAUAGAAGCAUUUUAUACAAAAAAUUCACAAUGGACAGAGUUCUUGAAAUGUUAACAACUGACCUCUACCGACCUUAGAAUUUUUAUUGGAAUUGAAUAUCAUUAGUUAAAGAUGAUGUCGAGGGAAAGUGAGGAUGACGACCAAAUCACGGACUUGGAAGUUUCUCAUGCCGAAAUGAGAGCCAUGUUAUGGGGCAGGCAACGAGAAAAGAGUGUUAGUGAUAAUUCAGUGUCGUCCAAAGCAGACGAUCAGGUGACGUCACAUCGAGCUGAGAGAGCGGCAAGUCUCAGCGAAGAAUGGAAGGAAUUAAAGCGACUUCGUAGUACAGAGGGACAAUCAGAAAAUUUAAACAUGGGGCAACACAAAACACAAAGUAAGCUUUCGGUUUGGAAAAACUUUAUCGCCUUAUGUACUGGAUUGAUGUUUGCUUUUAUGUCCUUCUUACCGCUUCGAAAUAUUCAAACAAGCAUAUUUCCAGAAUAUUAUCUAGGCACAAUAUCACUUGGUCUAAUUUAUGGUAGUUUUGUGAUUGGUUGUGUUGUUUCCCCUUGGCUUGUCCAAAAUGCGCGUCCAAAGGGAUUGAUAUUAUUUUCUUUGAUCUCACACGUAUUUUAUGUGACAUCAAACUUGUUUCCAUCUGUAUGGACACUUCUUCCUAUGUCUGUUGUAUUUGGAUUUCUUCAGGCCCCUUUAUGGUCUGUACAAGAACUCUUAAUUGGAAGUUACGGUACAAGUUAUUCUUCCAUCACUGGGAUUAGAAUAGAACGUUCCAUUCAUCAAUUUCAGAGCGUUUUCGUCGUAUUUUGUCAUUCUGCUCAGAUUUUUGGUAAUUUGAUACAGAGUGUUACGUUGAGAUUUGAUGAAAAUUACACCCAUGCCAAAGUUUCUGCUUACGAAACACAUAUAUCCACCUGUAACUCUUCCCUGUGUGGGGAUAGUAUCCAUACGUCAUACGAUGAAACAUUUGGAGAAAAAAUUCUGCGUUACUUUGUGGAAGAUUUCGACAGACCGGACUACUUACAAAUUUUGAAGCUACUUUAUUUGUGGCUGGCUUGUUGUUCAGUGAUUCUUAUAGGAUGUUGUUUAAGAAAGCCAGAUAUUAUCAUCAAUAAGAGAAAAACACCAUUUUGGGAUAAAAUCUUCGAUGUUCUGAGCUUUUUCAGAACCAGGACCUUUCUUAUGCUUGGAUUGUUGAUGGUAUUUACCGGUAUGCAGCAAGCCAUCGUUAUCAGUGACGUCACAAAGAUGUACGGCACGGACACAUUGGGUAUGGGGAUGAUAGGGUACCUUAUGAUGUGUUACGGCACUUCACAGUUGGCUAUGUUACUGGUAAUCGAAAAGCUACAGAAAAGACUCAAGUCUGUGUUUUUUGUUCUUCAAGGAUUCCUGGUCACACAGGGUCUUCUCCUAGUGCUGUAUAUAUGGGAGCCACACUCUGACUCCGUUUACAGUAUCCUGGGAUUCAUGAGCCUUUGGGGAGCUCUCGACGCCGUUUGGCAGUCUCAAGUACAAGGUAUAUUGGUGUCGUCUGCUGUCCGCAAAGAGCCUGCCGUAAUUUGUUACAGAGUGUGUCAGGGUUUGGGACUAUGUGCUGUCUUCUUCUCUUCAAUGGUUCUCACGCUCCUGUACAAAGUGUGUCUAAUUGGAUCCACCCUUGUGUUAGGUGUCAUUGGGUAUCUCAUCAUGGAGGUAUCUAAUAAUCCAGUAACACCUAUAGAAAAUAGAGCAUUUAAUGUUUAGUUAACGAUGUCUUUUAAAUGUGCAUACAUUUUCGUAUUCUUGAAGUAUUUGUUCAUUUGUUAUGGAUUCAAAACACGCUAAUACAAAAAGAUACCAUUGGCAAUAUACUACAUAUAUCUAGAAGUUUAGCACUAAACGACAAAAAGAUUUUCACCUGGGGAAUUGUUUUCAAUUAAUACAUGACCAUUGUUCUAUCAAAGUCAGCAUUUUCUGUAAAAAAAAAAAAAAAUCAAUGAAAUGCGUUGCACAAAAAUUGUGUAUUAAGUUUCUAAAAAUACGUAGCUUACUAGUAUUAAGUUUUAUACAAAUAAAUGUAUGUUAUUACUUGUAGAUUUUUAAGAGAUCAAUUCCCUAGUAGAUCUUUAUUUCAUGCCUUUAUUUUCCGCUUAUUAGCUCAAUAUUUAUGAGGAAUUUUCUACUUUAUUAAUUUUUAAGCAAGCAAUUUAUUAAUUUUUUUUCUGUACUUUUCUAUAGGCUGUAAAUAUUUUAUUUUGCUGAAAAUCGUACAUCUUUCAAAGCAAAAUUGAAAAGUUUGUAUAAACGUUAAAAAGAGCCGCUUGUGUGUCAUUAAUUGUAUUUUCGUGGGUUAGAUGACAGUUUAACUGAAUAAUUUUGUGGAAAUAAAAGCUGCAACUGCUAAGAAUAUUUGGAAUAGUGAUAUGCAUUGUUAACCCAUUGGAGAUGUAUUGUUGUGUAAUCCUGUGGUAUUUUUUUAUGUUCUGGGUGAGACAUGUGCAAAAUUCACAACCGAUAGUUAUAUGUUGUAAAAUUGCAUUUACCUCCAGUCAGUUCAAAAUUACAUGAUUAUAUAUCUGUGUAUUGAUUUUGAAAAGAAGAUUUUUGGGAUCCUUUUUUAAUGAUUUGAACUGGCGCAUUUUUUUAACAUUAACAAAUAUUUUGUCAUUCAAGAUUGGUUAAUUUUAAGGAAUUUUGUGACGUACAGGUGUAAUUUAGACUGGAUAAAACAGCCAAAUUUUGUAGCCCGACGUUUUUUGGUCACAUUUAAACACAACGUUCAGAAAUGUGCAAUGCUUUGUGUCAUCUUUGAAUAUCAGUAUCUUUUCAGUCAUUAUACAGACAUUUAGAUUUGUAUAGCUUUAAUUAAUUUAUAAAAUAUAAUUUCUAACUUGCAACGAAUUCAUUAUACUUUUAGCUUAUUUUAUGCAACUUUAUUUAAUCAAUAAAAAU